CUUUCGCCGCACUGCAACGCUCUUGCAAAGCAAAGAGAGAGGGCAACUGAGAGACGGGGCCAAGCACUCCAACGCAAUAUAGCCGAUCCCCAUUAUUGCGACUGACAAAAACCCGAGCGAGAUCAGCAGCAAACCCAAUCCCAGCGACCGACUCCCCACCCCUCCCUGGAUCGAUGCGCGGGGAAGCAGAGCCAGCAGCGCGAGCAGGCGCCGCCGACGCGGGCCACCCGCGCUCGCCGGACCCGCACGACCUCUCCGACGACCCCGACUACGCCGACGCCGCCUCCGUCCCCGCCUCCAUCCACGCGGCGAUGCGGACCGACAUGGCGGACAUAGGGUCCGAGGAGACGGCGAGGAUGGACGUGGUGUACGAGAAGGAGCGCGUCACCAUCCACCCCACGCAGUACGGCUCCGGCCGGAUCAGCGGCAAGCUGCGCCUCUACCUGCAGCUCGGCUCCCUCUUCCUGAGUUGGGAGCCAAAUGAGGGAGUUAACAGUUUCUCAACCAGUUCAGUCACUGCAGAAAUAGAAAAAUAUAGAAGUUUGUACACCAUUCAGGCCUUGCCUCUAAGUGACGUGCGCUUCAUCCGUAGGCACACUCCAACAUUUGGGUUGGAGUACAUAAUCAUUGUUCUCUCAUCAGGCUUGGCUUUUCCUCCUUUCUAUUUCUACAAUGGUGGAAUUCGUGAAUUGUUCGCAACACUGAAACAGCAUGUCUUCAUUAUCAGGUCGGAUGACGAUCCUAAUGUAUUUCUUGUCAAUGACUUUGAAGAUCCUCUUCAGAAGAGCCUGUCAUCUCUAGAGCUUCCAGGGGUUGCCACUGUGGCAAAUGCCAUGUCACGACAGAAUUCCUUCAGCUUCACUGGUUCAGUUAGUGAAGUACGACAUGGAGAUGAUGCCAAAUAUGGGGGGCCUUCAACCAUGUCUGAAUAUGGCUCAAAGCAAAGGCGCAAAUCGAAUGAUCCAGGUCGUGACAUUUCGUUUCAAGUUCUGGAGAAAUUCUCACUGGUUACGAAGUUUGCGCGCGAAACAACAUCAAGCCUCUUUCGUGAAAAUCACAGUAGUGGUUCUCAUGCUUAUGGACGGCAAAAACAAGAAUAUGUUUUGGACAACAGAGCAAGUGACAAGUACACAGAUCAGCUAAUAACGCCGAAUGAUGCUUCUUUGACCUCCGACUCGGUAGAGUCUGACGAGUCACUGCUGGUUUGGGGAAAAAAGAGAGGCAAACCAUUAAGUGUUGAAGAGUGGAGAGCUUUCUUAGAUCCUGAAGGUAGAAUUAUGGAUUCAAAGGCACUGAGGAAGAAGAUUUUCUAUGGGGGAGUUGAUCAUGUUCUGAGAAAAGAGGUCUGGAAAUUCCUGUUGGGUUAUCAUGAAUAUGAUUCAACACAAGCUGAGAGGGAAUACCUUGCAGCCAUGAAACAAGAAGAAUAUGAAGCCAUAAAAUCCCAGUGGAAGAGUAUCUCAACCACACAAGCUAAAAGGUUUACCAAGUUUAGGGAAAGAAAAGGCCUUAUUGACAAAGACGUGGUGAGAACAGAUAGGUCUGUUCCUUACUAUGAAGGAGAUGACAAUCCAAAUGUUGUAGUUCUACGCGACAUCUUGUUGACAUAUUCCUUCUAUAAUUUUGACCUGGGUUAUUGUCAAGGAAUGAGUGAUUUCUUGGCACCUAUCCUUUAUGUCAUGGAGGAUGAGUCAGAAGCAUUUUGGUGCUUUGCUUCUUUGAUGGAACGACUAGGAGGCAAUUUUAAUCGUGAUCAGAAUGGCAUGCAUGCUCAACUGCUUGGAUUAUCCAAGCUGGUGGAGCUUCUCGAUCCUUCAUUACAUAACUAUUUUAGGCAGAACGACUGUCUAAACUACUUCUUCUGUUUCCGCUGGGUUCUUAUACAAUUCAAAAGGGAGUUCAGUUUUGAUCAGGUCAUGCUCUUGUGGGAAGUUUUGUGGACUCACUAUUUUUCAGAACACUUUCACCUGUACUUGUGCGUUGGUAUCUUGAAAAGGUACCGCCUGCGGAUAAUUGGGGAAGGAAUGGACUUCGACACCCUUCUCAAGUUCAUCAAUGAGCUAAGUGGUCAAAUCAAUAUUGACCGGGCUAUUCAGGACGCCGAGGCAUUGUGUACCAUUGCAGGUGAGGCCGGGGCCGAUUGCAUUCCACCUGGAACUCCGCCUUCUAUGCCCAUUGAGACCGAUGGUGGUCUGUAUUUGCAAGAAGAUGAUGUCUUGUGAGACGGAUGGUGGUCUGUACUUGCAAGAAGAUGAUGUCUUGUGACUUGUGAGAUAGUAGCGUAAUGACACUUUACAGAACCUUUGGAAGAACUAUGAGAUGUUAUUGUUGUAUAUAUGUACCUUGACUCUUGCUUUUUCUUACUGGAGAUGGAUCUUGUAUGAGACUCUUUUAUUUUGCUUCA